CAAUUACGAAAUGGGCAGAUAAGCACUGUGGGGCUGACGCAAGGGUUUUCAUUUUUUGGUGCUCUACCUAGCAUGCACGGUGUAAGUGAUGGGAUUCAGUAAAACUAAACAUGUCUAGGAGCGGGCCAGCCGCUCUGGCCUGGUGGUACCUCCUGGGCUGGUUGUGCUCGAGCAGCACAGGUGCUGGCGUGCACGCGGUGCUGGAGACAUCGUUUGCGGGGCGUGUGCAGGAGCAAGUGGUGCCGACGCGCAAGGGCUGCCCCAGGCCAUGCAUCAACAAGGGCCACUGCAACCAUGAGAAGGGGCGAUGCGAGUGCCCCUGGGGGUAUGCCGGAGACGCGUGUGAAGUGGACCGGAUGGCGGCGUGCCGUCAAACGCCCGAUGACCCCGGUUCCUGCGGAUUCAUAUCGCCCAAGAACUGCGAGUGCUUUCGCGAGUGCUUCAGGCUGUACUGCAGUCGCUACGGCACCCAGACGCAUAAAUGCAGCGCGGGGUGGGGCUUCGACAUCGGCGACUCGCCGUGUUGGCUGUACGGCAGCGGCGGUAGCGCCGCCAAUGGCACUGCAGCAGGCGGCGGCGGCGGCAGCAGCGUGGCGGUGCUGCCGGCUGCGGCACAGAACAGCUCGGCGUAUCCGGAGGACCCGGAGAACAAUACCGUGUGGUACUCGCAGAUUCCGGAGCUGUACGGGCAGACGGAGUACAAACCCGACAUGCUACUCAAGGACGUGAACCGAAAGCACAAAUCGCCCUACGACCGGCCGCACCUCGUUUGGCACAGGGCCAACCACAGAGCCCACCCGCUGUCCCGCUGCGGCGCCUCUCGCUGCUCCAACGGGCGCGGCUUCUGUCUCCAGUACGAUGGCCGUCCCGAGCCCGAGUGCGUUUGCCACUUCGGCUUCAACGGCACGCAGUGCGAGCAGGGGGACAAUUGGGAGGCGUGUUGGUUCAGUCCGGACUGCGGCGGCCACGGCACGUGCCACAGCGGCUUUUGCAGCUGCAAGGACGGCCGCUGGGGCAUUGCCUGCCACCGGUCAGCGGCAGUGGCGCCCGCAGUGCCGGGGACGAUCCCCGACAUGAGGGUGGCCACGCGCUUCAAGAUCUACAUGUACGACCUGCCCUGGGAUGUGGCCUUCCCGUUCGAGGUGCAGGAGGACGCGCAUGGGCGCGACCCCAUGUACACCGCGUAUGAGUAUUUCCUCAAGUACUUUAUCACCGACAACAUCGUGCGCACAGAGAAUCCCUACGAGGCGCACUUGUUCUACGUGCCAGCACUCAACUUCUUCUACAGCGGAAAUCUACGGCCGCCUGAGUAUCAUCUGGAGGCAGUGAUGGACCACGUCAAGACGGCGUGGCCCUUCUACAACCGCUCAGGUGGCCGGGACCACUUCAUCUUCCUGACUGGGGACCGCGGCGCCUGCCACAUGCCGCGGGACAUGCAGGACAGCAUGAUAAAGGUGGUGCACUUUGGGAUGCAGAAGCAAGGCCUGAACUGGACCAGCAUGGAGCACAACAAGGAGUACGGCUGCAUCCGCAUGCGCCAGGACCUGGUGGUGCCGCCGCACCCCAACGACCACAAGCCGCUGUGGCCCGUUGGCGCCGCGGCGUACUUCCAGCGCAUUGCGGCGGCGGGCGGCCACGACGCCGGCCGCAAUAUCACCUUCCUGUUCGCGGGCGGCGUGGGCGAGGGGGAGUACAGCGGCGGGACUAGGCAGGCGGUUCGUGCGCUGCUUCUCAACAUCACGGACCCAGCCAUUAUGUUUGUGGAGGGCCGCCGAGACGACUAUGUUGAUCUGCUGUGGAGAUCGCAGUUCUGCCUGGCGGCGUACGGCCACGGCUGGGGAAUUCGCGUGAUGCAGUCCAUCCAGUUCGGCUGCAUCCCAGUCAUCAUCCAGGACCACGUCUACCAGGCCUUCGAGGACUUCCUGCCCUAUGAGGAGUUCAGUGUGCGGCUGCCGCUGCGAGAUGUGCCACGGCUGCUAGAGCUGCUGCGGAGCUACAGCCCCGAACAGCUCGCUGCGCUGAGGCUGGGCAUGGCCAAGUAUUUCCGCGCCUUCAUCUGGAACCGGGAUCAAGGUGGGGAGGCGUUUGAGUGGACUCUUGCCGGGCUGCAGCGGCGCGCCGCCAACAUGCACGCCGGCCUGUUUCGUCGCCACCGCCGGCGGAGACACGUGUGACUGCCUCCGCAGUCGCGGAAGAGCUGCCGCUGCGCUGCUCGGGGCCUCGCUGCCGGGGGGCUGGCCGCGUGGGCACGCAAGGCGUUGCAGGUUGGCAGCAAGGAGGAGCGGGAUUACAAGUGACGGAGAUUAUCUAAUGGAGUGGGACACGAUGGGACACAUGCGAGUCGUGUGAGCAGUGGGCGCGGCCAGACAAGCAGGCGGGCACGCAGGAGCCGGUACUUUCCCGGCGGUUUCACUCAGUCACUUUUAAAUGCGUGGCAUAUACAGUGAAAGAUGUUGUAGCUCUGCGUGUAUGGGAAGGCGCCAGGGCGCCCGCGCGGUGUCCUUCACGACAUGCCACCUCAGAUUUGUGACUGCUUGCCGCGUGCCCGAGCUGACCCGCGCAAUAGUCGCGAUGCACCUUCCCAUAAUCAUUUGCAUCAAUCCGGAAGGUGCAGGAGCCUGGCUUCUCUCGAACGUAGUUCGCAAUACUAAAUCGCUAACCGAGUGA